AAUAUUGACAAGAUACAAAAUGGAGGCUCGAUAUAACGAAGAUUGUUCGUGAUAAUUAGUGAUGAUAACGUGAUAAUCAAAAAAAUAACCUAAAUAUACUCCAAAAUGGACUGUAGAUUCAAUAUAGUGUUCUAGUGUUUAUAAAAAUGUUACAAAACUCUUUGAAUAAGUGUUAUUCAAAGUUCAUUGUAAUAUUGGUGAUUGCUUCUGUGUUGACAUCUAUACAAAGCUCAAUAGAAGGACAUAUAUUAGAAUUCACAGUAGAACCAUCAGAUACUGUGGUAGAAUCUGGACAAUCAGCUGUAUUAGAUUGUGUAGUUAGAGCGUCUUAUCAUCAGAAUAGCGUUCUUAUUCAAUGGUUAGAUCAAGAUGGUUCUACACUAUCUUUUAUUGGUGAUUCUUAUAGGUCUCAACUUACCAACGGAUCUUUGUACAUUACUAGUGUAGUGGAAGAACAAAGAUUAACGGGUACUUACCAAUGCAAAGCAACGUUGCCAAAUGUUGGUUCGAUAGUGAGUCGAAUAGCCAAAUUAACUAUAGCCAAUCUUGUCAGAUUUCAAGAAGAACCCCGCGAUUUAAGCGUAUAUAUAAGACAACGCGCUUAUUUCGCUUGCCACGUUAUAGGAACCCCGCCGCCGAGAAUAAAAUGGCUCAAAGACGAACGGCCUCUAAUAAUCGACGAAUUAAGAAUGACAAUUUUACCUUCCGGUGCCUUGGAAAUCGACGAGGUCAUAGAAUCAGAUCAAGGAUCGUACCGAUGUAACGCAUCGGGUUUGAGCUCUUAUAAAUUGAGCAACAAAGCAAUAUUGCACAUCAAUAGGGACCAAGAGGAAUCGUUACACAUAACUGCUCCUAAUUUUAUAGCUAAACCUCUACCGGGUACUUAUGUCGAAGGACAAAACGUUUCUUUGGAUUGUGCAGCUAACGGUUAUCCUGUACCGACUAUAAUUUGGUUGAAAGGAGGUUAUCCAAUAGAUAUGAAUGAUCUAGAUAGUCGAUUUAAGCUAGUAGGAACCACUAAUUCCUUAAGGAUAAUCAGAAUUCAAGAAGAGGAUGGUGGUACUUACCAAUGUCGGGCUAAAAACCAAGAAGAUAUAGUAGAUGCUUCAGCUCUAAUACAAAUUCAAGUGCCUCCUAGAUUUUUAGUUAAACCCCAGGAUAAAAUUGAACAUUCGACGAAAGAUGUCGAAUUGGAAUGUGCGGUUUAUGGUAUACCGGAUCCGGAAGUGCGGUGGUUCAAAAAUGGUGAAUUGGUUAAAUAUUCGGAUUAUUACAAAUUAGUUGAAGGGCAUAAUUUGAAAAUAAUGGGAUUGAUGACUUCAGAUUCUGGGUUGUUUCAAUGUUUUGCGACAAACGCAGCUGGGAAUAUACAAGCUGUUGCUAAUUUGAAAGUUUUAGCUACACCAGAAAAAAAGAAAUCGAAACUACACUCAAAAAAAGUGCCCCACCAACAAUCGAUAUCGUUAUUUUCGUCACUAAAAUCCGACUCGGACGCCACGCUGGGCGACAUAAAUUUCACCCAAUUAACCAAAAGUAGCAACCGAACGAUAUUCGAUCCUCACACCGCUUUUAAUUCAUUAAAGAGUAGCGAAUCUAACGAUACUAACAAUAACCUUGGAGAUAUACAAUUUGCUUUUACUCCUCCACCCCCAAAACCCAUCGCAGCCUCAACGUCAGACAGGAAAUUGGAAGACGGAUUACCAGGACCUCCUCAAGAUCUAAGAGCACCCAUCGUCAAAGCUAGAUUCGUCAUAUUGAGUUGGAAACCACCUUUGGAGAAUGGAGAUAAUAUCAUUUCGUAUUCUAUAUAUUAUCGACAGAAUGGCAGUGACAGGGAGAGAUAUCAAAAUACGAACCGCUCGAAAUUGGAAGAGAUCAGUAUAGGAGGACUCCUUCCAGGCAGAGUAUACCAUUUCAGGAUCGUCCCCAACAACGCUCUAGGUCCUGGAGAAUCUUCCGAACCACUAACUAUAACAACCCAAAAUGAAGAACACGUAGCUAGCGCUCCAUUAGCCUUCAAUGCUUACGCCACAAGUCCCAGAAACAUCUAUAUAAGUUGGCAACCACCAGAAACACCCAACGGACGCAUCUUAAAAUACACCAUCUACUACAUGGAGACCAGUUCGUCCAUAGAACACAACGUCGACGUUUCGGAUUCCCUAAACUACGAUCUGAACGAUUUGAAUCCAUACACGGAGUACAGCAUUUGGGUGGUAGCCCAAAACGAAAACGGCGGCGGCGCCGCCACCGAAGAAAAAACCGUCAGGACUUACAGCGCCGCCCCAACCGAACCGCCUACCAACAUCACCGCCGAACCAUCGAGCAUGAGCAUCACCGUGCGAUGGGAACCGCCUCCACCUGAAGCCCAAAACGGAAUCAUUUUAGGUUAUAAAAUAAAAUGGAGGCGAUCGGGUAAAGGUAAGGCCCAAACUUAUACGACGCAACCCAGCGAGAGGCAUUACGUCAUCAACGAUUUGGAAAAAGGGGCGAUUUACCAAAUUAAGUUGUGGGCGAUGAACGGGAACGGCACCGGUCCCGGUUCGGAAUGGUUGGAAGUGAAAACUUUCCAAAAUGACGUCGACGAAAGUCAGGUUCCUGAUAAACCGGCGUAUAUUAAAGUACGUCCUACAUUCGAUAAAGUCUUCGUGAUGUGGUCCCCCCCUCUAAAUCAAAAAAUCAGGGUGCGGAAUUACAUUCUCGGUUGGGGUAAAGGGAUACCCGACAUGUACUCCGUCAAAUUGGACGAAAGGAAUAGGACUUAUGUCGUAGAUCGAUUAGAACCGAAUUCCGAAUACGUUUUGAGCUUAAGCGCUAGUAACGACGUCGGAGCAGGAGCUCCGAUUUAUACGCAGGUCCGGACGCAAGACGAACCGCCACCGGAACCGACUUUGACGCUUUUCCCUCCGAUGGGAUUGAAAGCGCAAGUGCUGAGUACGACGUCGGUAGUUCUCUAUUGGACCGAUCCGACUUUAAAACAGAGUCAAUACGUCAGGGACAACAGGUAUUAUAUAGUGAAAAUAACCGACGAUAAAAUGAGAAAACCUCGUUAUAUGAACGUCACCGAUUUAAACGCGAUGGUGGACGAACUGAAGCCCAAUACUUUUUACGAAUUUUCGGUUAAACUCGUCAAAGGUCGAAAAGAGAGUUCUUGGAGUAUGGUAGCCCACAACAGAACUUGGGAAUUACCGUUAAACGUAUCUCCAAGAGAGUUGGACGCCCAUUUUAAAGACGAAGACUCUCAUUUGGUAGAACUAUCGUGGCAGCCUCCUAAGACUUACACGGGUCGCAUAACCGGCUACGUUAUUUUAUAUACGGAUAAUAAAAGUUUAUCGGAUCCGGAAUGGAACGCUUCCGCCGUCAAGGGUGACGUCCAUUCGAGCAUCAUUUACAAUUUGAAACCGUUCACUCAGUAUUAUUUUAAGGUGCAGGCGAGGAAUAGUCGGGGGUACGGACCCUUUUCGUCGGUGGUUACUUUCAGGACGGGACAAAGUGUUGCCACCCAUUCUCCGAUUCAGGGCCAACAACUAGAUUCCAGCGGAGUUUUUUCCAACGAGGUUCUUUUGUACACGACCAUAGCCGGUUGUCUGUUAGCAGUCGGUACCAUAGCCGGCGUCGUCGCAUUUUUCUGCUGCCGUCGAACCGACCCCAACGCGACCCCCGACAGAACAAAAAAAGGUUACCAAAAGGGAUCGAAAAACACCCAAAACAUACCUCCGGAUCUUUGGAUCCAUCACGAUCAGAUGGAAUUGAAAGCGAUGGAGAAACGUCAUUCGCACAACGACGGCGCCAGUAGUAGCGCAGGCGCCGUGACUCUACCUCGAAGUAUAGGCGGUAACGAAUACGAACCACACGAACCUGUCAAUACGAAUUCGUUGGAUAAAGGCACUUACGUUCCUAAUUACGUCGCCGACGACGUACACAGAAAUUCAUUGAGAAAGAAACCGAUCGCAUUUCCAGUGGAUAACAAACCGUCUCCAAGAGAACCUAUCGCUACUCCAAUAAACACAGCCACUCUUAGCCAAUCUAGUACGGACUCUACGCCGUCCAGUAGACAACCGUACGGUCGAUCUCAGUAUUCUCUACCUUCCAGAACCCAGGUGCCUUUCGAUUCGACCAUACCGCACAGCCAAGCGACUGAAAAUGUUUAUAUAUCACACCCUGUAGCUCACGGCGGUCACGAAACCGCCAAUCCUCUCAGUUCAGGGUAUAUCGGCCAUCCCCAGCCUACUCCGACCGGCGGCGGUUUCGGUACGCCUCCAGCGACCGGUUGGUCAGUAGUAGAUGGAACGAAAAGACUGCAGGCCCAAGGCCACCCGCUCAAAAGCUUCACCGUACCGGCACCGCCUCCCAUAUCAGCUCCCGGUACACCCCAACCGAAACACAUCGUUACGGUUCGUCCAACGACUUCGCCUUACAAAAAAGUUUUGCCGAGCGGUAGUCCGCCGACUAAUACUUCGGGCGUUACCCCCACGUCUAGGAUAAACCCGUCGAAUCCUCCGCCUCAUACAGCCGACGAAGUACAACGUUUGCAACCAUCUCAUUCGACCGAGGAACUUAAUCAAGAGAUGGCGAACCUCGAAGGACUCAUGUUGACCUUAAACGCCAUUACGGCCAACGAAUUCGAAUGUUGAGAGGGUCGAAUUCGCGAUAAAUGUCAAAUUUUGACAGGAUUAUUCAAUGAUAAGACUUCAAGGACUGCUACUUUUUUAUGCUCUAAGUAAAAGGCAUUAGGACUUAGAAACAUUGAAAACCAUUUUUUUAAACCAUAAAUCUCAUUUUUUAGUCAUAAAAACCGUUUUUCGGCCUAGAAAAACUAUUUUUGACCUUGAAAAUCAUUUUCUUGGACUACAGAAACAUUAAAACCCGUUUUUUGGACCAUAAAUCCCAUUUUUUAUAAUAAAACACUUUUUUGACCACAAAAA